AUGCCACCAAAUGUCCAAUUAACAUUUAGUAAGUCGACUUUUGGAAAUUGUCCAAAGUUUGUUGGUAAAGACGGUCGGUCAAAUCCAGUGACUUUCAAUGAAAUCUGUUAUUAUCCGUUUCCUGUAGAUUAUACCUACUCGGACGCCAAGUCUCUAUGUGAUUCUCAAGAUACAAGAUUACCCGUUCUUGAUGAAGAGGUGAAACAGAUAAUACUUAAUGGCCUGGCAGGCUUUAUGGUCUCUAGUUAUUGGACAAGCUUAGAAUAUAUUGAUAACAUAUGGUAUUGGGUUGAUGGUUCAAAUAAAUACCUGAUGGCUAACCCAAGGUGGAUCGAUGACCCACCCUUAAUUUCGACCUAUGCGUAUACUACAACCGAUAGACACUGGGGAAGAAUAAGUACGCCUAUUACAAAACAGGUUAUUUGUGAAGACGAUCACACUCCACCAACAGUUCAGGGUGUAUUACCAUUUCGGAAGUCAGGCUGUAAUGCAAUGAGUUAUGCUCUCAAUCUCAAAGAACUAAACCUCGUCAAAGCUCCGUCAGUUAUUGGAUGUGCAGCGAUAUGUAUGGACACCAUUUCGUGUGAAUAUUUGAAAUAUAAUUUGCCUACUUCACAAUGUCAGUUGUACACAGCCGGUGGAAACCUGAACAUUUUUGAUUGUUUUCUGUGUACAUCAUAA